AUGGUGCUAGUGGUGACAGAGUCUGUAACUCUUGUUCUAGCUGCUAUGGUACUGAUAUCAUUUGCUUGUCAUGUAGUUACUAAGAAGGCUGACCCCAAGGUGCUGGCUAACAAAGCUUCCAAGGCUGUCAAAGCUGGAGCAUCAACCAUUAAGAAGAAGGCUAAGAAUAUCUGCACAUCAGUCAUAUUUCACAGGCCAAAGACAUUGCAGAAGGUGUACACUGUUUCCCUCAUCUUUGACAAUCAGGUGUUAUAUUUGGUCUUUGAUUACGAAGAAUCUACUCUGUAUCGCCUUAUGCAUGAUAAGAUCAAUCUUUGUACGGAUGCUGAGUUACUAAACGGGUUAUUGGAGAACAGGAUAGGCCUUUUUUCGGAGUCUCAGAUACGACGCUGGUCUCGUCAAAUCUUGCUAGCUCUUGCACAGAUGCAUCGUCCUGGUGGAUAUAUGCAUCGAGAUCUAAAACCAGAUAACUUGCUGGUCGCUAGAGAUGGAGAUUCAAUAAAGAUCGCGGAUUUUGGUCAAGCUAGGGAAAUUGAUUCUAAAUCACCGUGUUCAGAUUAUGUUACUACACGGAUGUACCGCGCACCUGAAGUGUUGUUAAACUCGGUUUCGUAUACCUCUGCUGUUGAUAUGUGGGCAGUUGGGACUAUAAUGGCCGAAAUGUAUUCGUUUCGUCCUCUUUUUCCAGGUAAGAAUCGAGCAGAUCAGCUGUAUAAGAUUUGCAGUGUAAUCGGAAGUCCAACUUAUGAGUCGUGGGCAGAAGGAAUACAACUUGCCAAUUGGUGUGGUUACAAGUUUCCUCAAGUACAUCCAUAUGGUAUUUCUACAAUGAUACCAUCUGCUAGUCAUGAGGCUAUAGAUCUGAUUAAAUCCCUUUGUUCUUGGGAUCCAAAAAACAGACCAACAGCUAUGGAGGCUCUGAAGCAUCCUUACUUUGCGCCCGAUAUGCGUGAAUUGCCAGAAGCGACAACAAGUGCAAAAUUGGAGCAGAGAAUAUAUCCUAAUCAGACUUGCUUUGGUGAAAAACUUCUUGGCCCUUUCUCCCCUGUUAGAGAUAUUACAAUUGAAGAUAUGUUAAAGAGGGUUUGGGCAGAGGAUACAAGUGCAAAGUUCGCGCAGAGAAUAUAUCCUAAUCAGACUUGA